UCAGGGCCGUAUAUUUAAUUCCGAUUUCCCAAGUAUAGAGGUUUCAUAAAAGUCUGAAAAACUAUAUUUUUCUCAAGAGCAUUAGUAGUCAAGAAAACAUAAUGGAUACCACAAAAGCUUAUGUGACUAUUCUCCUUGUAGCAAUAUUGACAAUAUCGGUUUGUAACUACAACAUUUUGGCAAUGCCAGUGAUCCAGCAAUAUGAUCGUUGCACUGGGGCAUGUUCGAGAUUUUACGGAAAUCAGCAAUGUUACGAAAACUGUAGAAAGGUGAAGUAUGAUGGAGGACAGUGUGAUUUUGUUACAAAAGGUGAAAGUUUACCACAAUGUUGUUGCUACUACAAUAAACAAAUUUGAUAUUCUUUCUAGUAGCUGGUUAC